UGUGUCCAGAGGCUCAUGUGUGUGUGUUCUCUGUCCUGCAGGGAGCUGUCCCACCCGCCCCCCCUGCUCCCCCCCCAGGCCGCCCCCCACAUCACCCUGGGGGCCCACCUGCGGCCCCCCUUCCUGGGCAUGCCCUCCGCCCUGUGCCCCGCCCCCGGAUACGCUUUCCUCCAACCGGCGGAGAUCUUCGCACGGCAGCAGGAUAUGCUGAGGAAGCAGAACCUGGCCAGACUGGAGAUCUCGGCGGAGCUGCUGCGGCAGAAGGAGCUGGAGUCGCUCCACCAGCGGGGGGCGGGGCGCCUGCUGACCUCUGACCUGCUGGGAGGGGGGCUGGCCCCGGACCACCCGGCGCUCCGGAGCCUCCACGACGUUCCCGAGGGACACCCGCUGCGCGAGGAGCUGGCACGGCGCUCCAACGCCAUGCUGCUGCUCCGCCCCGGGGGCCCCCCGCCGGGCCCCCUGCCGCCCGGGGCCCCCGCCUCCUCCUCCUCCCACAAAGACAGCCCGGCCGCGGGCCCCGGGGCCCGGAAGAGCCCCAGCAGGGGCCCCGAGGCGCAGCUGCGCGCUGGGGACCACACAGGAGGGGGGGGAGGGGGGGGAGGGACGGGGGAGAGGGGGAGGGGGGGGGAGGAGGAGGAGGAGGAGGAGGAGGAGCGCGACGAGGAGAUGAAGGAGUCGGACAGCGACGCCGACGACGAGGACGACGAGAGCCGGAGGGGCGGGGCCGGCGGGAGAGCGCCGAGGGAGGCGGGGCCAGAGUCCCGUAGCAAGGGGGCGAGGGAGACGGGGGAGGGGCCGGGCCGCGCGGCGGGCCCCGGGUCCCCCAGCAGACACCUCUUCCCCGGGGGCCUCCCCCCCGGGCUCCUGCCCCCGCUGCACGGCCUCCACGGGGCCCUGCCCUUCGGAUUCCCCUACGCAGCCCCCUACUUCCACACAGGCUCCAUGGGGGGGCUGUUCCCGGACGGGGAGGACCCCGGCCACGAGGACCCCGGCCAGUGGAGCGUGGAGGACGUCUGUGGCUUCAUCAGCAGCCUGGCUGGCUGCGCUGAAUACGCCCAGGUGUUUCGGGAGCAUGCUAUUGACGGGGAGACUUUGGCCCUGCUCACUGAGGAGCACCUCCUCUCCACCCUGGGACUCAAGCUGGCCCCCGCCCUCAGGAUACGCCUGCAGGUGGCGCGCCGUCUCGGCCGUAUCUUCUACAUGACCAGCUUCCCGCUGCCGCUGCCGCUGCCGCCGCCGCCAUCGGCAACGCCCCGCCUCCUAGAGCGCGGCCGCGGCACGCCGGCCCCGCCCCCGGACACGCCCCUCUCCCUGGCCAUGGCGCACCCCGCCCUAAGGCCCGCCUCCUCGUCCUCCUCGCCCGGCGCUAGCUCCUCCCCUUUCGGAGGCGGCCCCGCCCCCCAUGGACGCUCCACCCCCAAGCAGGAGAACGGCCCAGCAGGGGGGCGGUACCGCGAGUCCAAGACCCCAUCGUAGUCGGCGCCGGACCCGGGGGGGGGGGGGGGGGGUAUU